GAUGUUACUGUUGUAACAUCACUAAUUAGUAAUACUAAUUAGUACGUCACUAAUAUAAUAACUUCCGCUAUGAUCUGUCAUCUGUCUUUUUCCAUAUCUUUGGUAUGGGUCGACUAUGUAACUGUGUGAAUGUGUGUUGUGAAAUAAAACUCAAGUAACCCAAGAUCAAGGACUUUCAUUUAUAUUACAUGGUGUCAGAAGUCAAGAAGAACUCAAGUCAAAAAAGUCGAAGUCUGGAAGACAGUCGGUCGCGAAAAUGGACCAGUCGAGUUCCGAGCCAUGCGGCGUGGGCGACCAUAAUGGCGUCCAAGGCCUUAACAGCAAAAUAAAAUCACUGCAAAUUUCGUCAGAUUCCACAAAUAAUAAUGCGGAGGCGUGGAAACGCUGGUGGCAGCAGUUGGAGCUGUAUCUGUUGGCCACGGGUUUGGAUAAGGCACCCGAAAAGCGUAAGAUAGCUAUCUUGUUGCAUCUCAUAGGUGAAAAGGGCUUAAAUAUAUUCAAUACUUUCAACCUCACCAUUGAGAAGACCACGCUUGCCGAAGUCAAGUCCAAAUUUCAGAAUUUUUUUGAGCCCAGAAGGAACAUAACCAUGUGCCGUCACAUGUUCUUCACCAGAAAGCAACAGAAAUCCGAGUCGAUCGAAGGAUUCCUAGCAGAUCUGGAGAACAAAAGCCAAGAUUGUGAAUUUGGAACACUCAGGGAAUCACUCAUCAGGGAUAUUUUCAUUGCAAAUCUGCAUAUGGAUUUAGCGCAUGUACGUCAGAGACUACUCCAGGAACCUGAUCUGACGUAUCAGAAGAUGCGGGAACUGGCAACAACACUGAUCGUCGCACAGCAGGAUGCUGAAAAAAUUGUCAGUGGUUCCAACGUUGAAAAGUCAGAAAAUGUCAUGCAUCUACGUCGGAGGAGCCGUAGUCGAGGGGAUCGUCGACAGCGAGCUUCACCAGUCGGUCAGCAGGGUUCUGGCGCAGGGAAGUCUCCCAACCCUGAAAGGCGCUCGAGGACGUGUAGCCGCUGUGGGCAAUCUCACCGCUACAAGUGCCCAGCGCAAGGAGUCAAAUGCAGGUCAUGUAAAUCAUUUGGUCAUUUUGCUAAAUAUUGCUUCAAAAAUAAAAAUAUCAGUCAUUUAGAGUCCUUUAAUUCAAGUCAUAGUCAUAAUAAUAAUCAAGAUUAUUUUGUUGGAAUUUUGAAUAGUCAUAGCUCCAGUCAAAGUCAUAAGUCUAAUUGUCAUUUAAAGUCAUAUAACAGUCACUAUAAACAUGUCAAGUCAGCAAGCACACAUUCUUCUCUGUACCACUUGUCUCCACCACCACAAUUUACACACAUACAUAGUCAGUCACAGUCAGGGAAUGAUUCCGGUGAUGACAUUGGUGUCAUUCCUGAGAGAUCUCACCGAGACUCAUAUUGUCAGUCUGAGAAAUUAAUUCUCAAGUCAUAUUUCAAAGAUGAUAAGGGUGAUAAUGUCAUGUCUGAGAGGUCCGAAAAGUACCUCGGUGAUGAAAGCAGUCACCAGUCAGAGAAAUCAAUUCUCAAGUCAUAUUGUCAUAAUUCAAAUAAAAGUUGUGAUAGUCAAAGUGGGUAUCUUAAUGAUGAGUACAGACACAUGUCUGAGGAAUCACCUCACACAAUCACAACAGUCACAUCACCAUAUCACAGUCAACAAGUCACAUCAUCAUUUAGUCAGGUCAAUACAGUCGAGUCAAAACAUAAACAUAACAUUAACAAUAGUAAACAGUCUUGGAACAUAAAUGUUAAAGUAGGUCAUUCACAAUUUAAUUGUAUCAUUGAUUCAGGAGCUGAUCUUAACAUAAUGUCAAAACAAACUUUUGAUUCUUUAAAACGUCAACAAAGUCAAAUGUCACUUGUCAAAUGUCACAUAAAUGUCACAGGAUUUUGUGGCAAGUCAAUACCCAUUAUGGGAAAAGUCAAUAUUAAAUGCAAUUUAAUAUUAAAUAAUAACACUGUCAGUGAAAAUAUAGUGUUCAUAGUCGCAAAUUUAGUAUGUCCCAAUGUCCUAGGUCUUCCUACUUGUGAAAGGGUCUUGGCUGUCUACCUCCUGUCUGUCACCUGAAACUCAAACCUGAUGCAGUACCAUGCGUGGAUCCUCCCAGGAGAGUACCAUUUGCGAUGCUUGGAAAGCUACGCGAGGAGUUGGAUCGCAUGGAGAGCAUGCAAGUCAUUGAAAAAGUCACUAAGCCUACAGAAUGGGUGAAUAGCAUAGUAAUUACGGUCAAAAGUUCAGGUCAGUUACGAAUUUGUUUAGAUCCUAGAAAUUUGAAUAAGAAUAUUAUAAGGGAAAUUUAUCCAAUAAAGUCAAUUGAUGAGAUAAGAUCUCAAUUAGUAGGAGCUGUUUGUUUUUCUCAUUUAGAUGCAUUUUCAGGUUUUUGGAUGUUAAGAUUAGAUGAAUAUAGUUCUAAUUUAUGUACCUUUCAAACACCAUUUGGCAGAUAUAAAUAUUUAAGAUUACCUUUUGGCAUAAAUGCAUCAUCAGAAAUAUUUCAAAGAGUUAUGAUGAAUUUGUUUGGUGAUUUAGAAGGAGUCUUGAUAUUCAUCGAUGACAUUCUAGUCUAUGGUCCAAGUGAGUCUAUACAUAAUGAGAGAUUACAUAAAGUAAUGCAAAGAGCUCGUCAAGUUAAUUUAAAAUUUAACAAGUCCAAAUGUAAAUUUCUAGUUUCUGAAGUCUGUUUUUUAGGUUAUGUCUUUAGUAAAGAUGGUGCAAGGGUUGACCAAGAAAAAGUAAAAGCAAUUGUCAAUAUGCCUACACCACAAAAUGUCAAAGAAUUGCAAAGAAUAUUAGGUAUGAUCAAUUAUUUAGGUCCCUUUAUUAGCAAUUUGUCAGAAAAAACUCAAAUUUUAAGAAAUCUUUUGAAAAAAGAUGCAGUCUGGUCUUGGGAUGAAAAUCAUAAUAAAUGUCUUAAGAGUUUAAUAGAUGAAAUCACAAAGUCACCGGUUUUAGCUCACUAUAACCCCAAUAUUCCAUUAGUCUUGUCAGUAGAUUCGUCUAAGUCAGCAUUGGGAGCAGUCAUUUUACAAAAUAAUAAACCCAUUGCUUAUAGUUCAAAAACAUUAACCACAACUCAGUCUAGGUAUGCUCAAAUUGAGAAAGAAUUGCUUGCAAUUCAAUUUGGUUGUGAAAAAUUUCAUCAGUAUGUAUAUGGUCAUAGAGUCACAGUUCAUACAGAUCAUAAACCAUUAGUCUACUUAUUUGAUAAACCAUUACAUGAUGUACCAGCUAGGUUACAGCGAAUGAUGUUAACUUUACAAAAGUAUGACUUGAAAGUCAUACAUGUCCCAGGUAAACAAAUGUUUAUAUCUGAUACCUUGUCUAGAGCUGCCUUAAAAGAUUAUUAUACACCAGAAAAUGAGGCAGAAAUAACUUGUCAUGUCAAUUUAAUGUAUUCAAAUUUAGCAGUCACUAAAGAUUACAGCACAAAAUUGUCACAACAUACCAAUAAAGAUGAAAGUUUGCAAUUGUUAAAGAAAUAUUAUUAUGAAGGUUGGCCAAAAAGUAAAAGUAAAGUCAGUCAAUUAGUCAAACCAUAUUGGAAUAUACAAGCUGAAAUUCAUGUCGUAAAAGAUUUGUUGUUCAAAGGUUCAAAAUUGAUAGUACCACAGUCUAUGUAUAAGGAAAUGUUGGAUAAAAUUCAUGAAGGUCACCAAGGUAUAAACAAAUGUCUUAAAUUAGCUAGAGAUUCUUUAUAUUGGCCAAACAUGUCGGUUGAUAUCAAAAAUUUAGUAGAACAAUGUCUUAUAUGUGCAAAAUUCAAACCUUGUAACCAAAAAGAACCAUUACAAAAUUUUGAGAUUAAUAAGUAUCCAUGGCAACAAGUUGGUAUUGAUUUAAUGUAUAUUGAUAACCUUUCUUAUUUAAUUGUUACAGAUUAUUACUCUAAAUACAUAGAGAUAGCUUUGUUAAAUAAAAAUAGUACAGCCAAAAAUGUAAUUACACAUUUAAAGUCUAUUUUUGCCCGUCAUGGUAUACCUUUGUCAUUAGUGUCUGACGGUGGACCUCCUUUCCAAUCUUUAGAAUUCAAGAAUUUUUUACAUGAAUGGGACAUAGAACAUAUUAUUACUAGCCCAUAUCAUGCACAGUCAAAUGGUCAAGCAGAAAGUUCAGUCAAAAUUGUAAAAAAUAUGUUGAAAAAAUGUAAAGAAAAUUCAUCUGAUCCUUAUAUAGCCUUAUUACAAUAUAGAAAUACACCUAAAAAUAAUUUACCAUCCCCAGCACAACUGUUAAUGUCUAGGAAUUUAAGAGAUAAUGUUCCAAAGUCAUAUAAAAAAUUAAAACCAAAGGUUGUAAAAUUUAAAGAUUACAAAGAAUGUGUAAACAAGAAUAAUGUCAAUAAGUCAAAAUAUUAUAAUAGAAAUUCUAAGCCUUUGUCAUUGUUGUAUCCUAAUGAUCAUGUUUACUUUAAAAGAAAACCAAAUUAUAAUUGGGAACAUGCCAUUGUCAAGCAAAGGCUGGCAAAUAAUAGGUCAUAUGUCAUUGAGGAUGUCAAUGGAGUUAGGUAUAGGAGAAAUAGAAUUCACUUAAGGCAUAAGUACUCUCCUAUGCUAUCCAACUCGUCGUCGUCGUUGUCAUCGUCGCAGGGGAGAGAGGAUGGUGACAGUCAGAAGGCUGGACCUCAAGAACUCUCAUCUCAAUCCUCAAGUAGUCAAAUUGUCACACGUUCAGGUCGAUUUGUAAAGCCUUCUCGUAGGCUAAUAGAAGAAAUAGAUUAAGUAUAUAAUUGUAAUCUAAAUUAAGUCAUAAUUAAGUAAAAACCUUUGUCUAUCAUAACUAUGUAUAAUAAAGUCAAUUUUUGUCAAGUCAGUCCAUAGUCUUAAGUCUAUUGUUUGUCAAGGGUUAAUUUAAACUUAACAGGGGGGAUGUUGUAACAUCACUAAUUAGUAAUACUAAUUAGUACGUCACUAAUAUAAUAACUUCCGCUAUGAUCUGUCAUCUGUCUUUUUCCAUAUCUUUGGUAUGGGUCGACUAUGUAACUGUGUGAAUGUGUGUUGUGAAAUAAAACUCAAGUAACCCAAGA